AUGGAUGAUGUUGGCGUUGACGGGAAACUUUCCAGGAUGCGCCACAGCGUGAAGAACACCGGUGUUCUGACGGGGGCGUCUCGAUGGGAGGAGGAGUCGGCGGCUCGGGAACAGGCUGCCAAUGAUAUGGGUACCGACGGACCCGCACCCACACCAGUACGUCUACAGGAUGAUGCCUGUUGGCAGACACAACAUCGCGUUCCGCCCGAGGUCCAGCCACCACAAAUAGGAAAGAUCUCGAUUCCAGAAUUCAACGAUCUUCAUGAAGUUCAUAAGACCGUGAUCGUUAACAAACCUCAGUCAUACCACAAGGUGAAAUGGAACGAGUUCCCCGAAGAAGUUACACCGGAAAUCGGAGUCGCUCCGAAGGUACACACGCAGGAAUGGACGCCGGUCAAUCAGGAGAACACUGAGCUCCAACGCAGUUUAUACCGCCCAGGUAAAAUCUCAGCUAACUGGCCUCCUCCAGAGAGGGAG